ACGAGUCGGACGUACCUCUCCAGGGUAAACUCUGUGUUUGUGUUGUAAAGACUGAUAAAAAAUGGACUUGUAUUAAUUAUAUUUAAGUGGUGUGAAAGAACUCUGUGCCAAAAUGUGGGGGGAAAGUAGCAAAAACUGUGAAAUUAACUGCCAGUGCUCAGGGUUAAUAACGGAGAACUUCAAAAUCAACUCCGGCAACAGUGCAACAAAACGGAAACAAGAGGAGGCUUUGUCGAACAACUACAGAGUUAAAGUACACCCACAUACGUUGGACUUCAACAGACAGUCUCCGUUAAGCUCACCAAUCUGCACACCAUCCAAGCGUAGGGUUCUAGGGGAGAUACAGAAUUCUCCGUUGUUCAGGCCGAAAGACUCACCAACCAUUGAAAGGCUGAAGAACACUCCGAUAAGUAAACAAAAUUCACCAUUAAUAGAUUCAUUGUCACCUUUAACCAGCAGAUCUGAGCGUAAAAGGACAAAAAUAUCAAGAAUAUCAAGGAUAUUUGAAGAAAGGACCAAAUACAAAAUGUCCAACAAGGAGAAUGAAUUUUUAAAUAUGUCAGAAACAUUCCUCGAGAUGGACAGCAGAGAAAACGAAUCGUUAAUGAUGUUCAGUAGAAUGGGCAGAGCGGAACAUCAGUCGUUAGUCAGGCCAGACAUUUUUAAAAUGAACAAAAGGGAAAGUGAAUCGUUGAAGAUGUCAGACAUGUUCAAUAAAAUGGCCAAUUCAGAGAAUGAAUCGUUAAACAUGUCCGAGACUUUCGUUAAGUUAGAUGUGGAGGAGGAGACUCGGGAUUGUUCGUUUGGUGCCACGUUCCCCGCAAGCUCAGCAAUUAUGCCCAACUGGUGCACGGCAAAGUUGGACUUCACAGAUGCAAUCCAAUCGAAGAUCUUUGAAACGGAGAACGAAGAAAAAAACCUAGACAUGUACGUUCCAGAAAAGGAAGCAACCGUAGACACUGAUUUCGAGACCCUGCAUGAUUUAGAAGAAGAAUUUGACUGUAACAAUUUCGAUGAGUGUUCGAAAUAUGAAAUCAUUUCUACGGACAGCCCUAACAUCAUUUCCAGUGGUCGUUCUACGUCAAGAAAAGUACAUUCCAGAAAUUUUGAUUUCGGAGCACCGUUGCUGGAGAACGAGAACUCAACUAGCUUCAACAAACCAAACGUUACUGCUACACGCAUGCUAAAUUUUGAGGACGAGAGUUUCGAAUUCACGUCGCCCGCACUGAAACAUCAUAGCGCUUCUGUCAAAAAAUCGUUAAAGUUUACAGAGAAACACAACGCUUCUGUCAAGAAAUCGUUAAAGUUCUCAGAAACGCCGACCAAAAAUGUUCUGAGGCACGAAAAGAGUGAUUCAAGUAUCGGAUCCAUGUCUAUGUCACCUGCCUCUACGAAACUGAGGUUGUAUCCAUCCGAAUCUACAAUGUCUAUGGAGAGUGGGUUUAUAUCAGAAUUAGAAGAUCAAUUUUUGGAUUACGAGAUAUCAAACUCACCUAAGAUUGCUAAUUUCAACGAAUUACUAUCUGGCCGUAUUAAAGAUAGUUUUACGGACAGCAAAUUAUUAUCCGGAGAUAGGGGGGGGACAUUUGGUGACUGUCAGUUGCUGUCCAGUCCGAUGACGGAUGUAGAACGCUUUGAUGUGCGCCGACAAAUCAAAGAUGGCUUCCCAGAACAGUCAUUUAACCUGAGUUUUAACAAUAGUCAGUUAUCCAGUCAAACUGAGCAUAAUGCGGCGGAGAAGCAAUUAUUAUCUGGUAAAAUUUUGGAUAGUUUUGAGAAACCGUUCAGUGUACGAAGACCGCUGCAGAGGAGUUUGAGCUUUAACCCGGAAGUGUCUAAAGCGAGAGUGUCAUUGUUCUCCAUCAACGAGAGUCCAAACCAAGAGAAGAAGAACAAAAAGAGAAAUGAAAGAAGCGAGAUGGAGAAUAUAUCAAGUAAACGGAGAAGAUCGAAUUGUCAGAGUCCGGAAAUGGAGAAACCGGUGAGGCCAGUUCUUCAACGAGCGUUCUCUGAGAACCACGCCUCCAUUAUGUCAGCUAUGACCAGAUUUGAAUCAGAACCCGGCCUAAUAGGGGACUUCACACAACCCUUCGCUCUGCCACUAACGUCUGGCGACCACACGGACUUAAACUCCAUAUCCUGUGAUACGCUGGCGGGCUUACUGCGGGGCGACUACGCGGAGAGCAUAAGCGAAUUUCAGGUGAUCGACUGCCGGUACCCCUACGAGUUCGAGGGGGGGCACAUCGCGGGCGCUGUCAACCUCUACACCCCCGAGCUGGUCCAGGCUCUGGUGGAGGAGCCAGCAAGCCCGGGGCAAGACGGGCGCCGGAUACUAGUGUUCCACUGCGAGUUCUCGCGGGAGAGGGGGCCUAAGUUAUCCCGCUUCCUCCGUUCGAAGGACCGCGCGAAGAACAAGGAGAACUACCCCUCCCUCCACUACCCGGAGGUGUACCUCCUGCACUCGGGGUACCGCGCCUUCUACCAGCGGUACCCGGAGCUCUGCUCGCCCACCGGAUACACCGCCAUGUUGGACCCCAGCCACCGCGUCGCUCUCAAGAAGCACCGCUCCUUCAGCCAGCCCGCCAGCACCCAACGCCGGCAUCGGCUGCUGUUGUGACCACCCAAUGUGCAAUAGACCAGCGUGGUCUACUCCAGAAAUACUCCCAAAAAUGGUGCAGUCCAUUUCAAACAACGUGGUCAACACCAAAAUACGUCGGUCUACUUGAAAAUAGCUCGGUCUACUCAAAAAUAGGUUGGUCUACUCAAAAAUAAGUCUCGCUACUUAGGAUUAGGUCGCUCUUCUCGAAAAUAACUCUACGUCUACUCAACAACAGCUGCGUCUAAUUGAAAAUAGGUCAGUCUGCUAGUUUAUAAUGCGGUCUACUUCAUAAAGAUUCUGGUCUAUUGGAAAGUCAGUGUCUAAUCAAAAAAAAUGCAGUCCACUUGUAGUACCUCCGUCUACUAUACAGUAUAGUCGAUAAUAACGCGGUCUUC